AUGAGUGUUGAAAAUAUAGAUGUAUCAUGUUCUAGAGCUGACUUUAUUCUUCUGGUUGAAAUGGCAAAUCGAAGACCUCAGAAUGGCGGCGGGCGUCGUAUGGACUUCGGUCGUAACGACCGGGGCAAAAACUUUGGACGUAACAGCGUCUCGCCCUGGCAGGGUGGAGGCCCUGGCGGUGGUCUCCCAAAUCUACUGCCGAUCUCCGGUGGCUCCACGGAGGCGACCCUUGCCCUGGCGAGCAACAUCAUCAACCUCUUGCAACCACGGCAGAAUCCUGUCCCCUCACUCCUCGACAUGCCUAUUAGGCGUGACUUCGGUCCCAACGUAGGUCGGUAUGACCGUGGUUAUGUGCCAAACAGGAUGGGCAAUCAAGGUAAUUUCCGGCGUACGGGAAAUUACAAUCGCUCCGGUGAGCGUAUCAACAACAAUCGUAAACCGUUCAGGCCCAAUGAUGGGCAAAGGCAACAAAACAAGAGUUCCCCGAAAAAGGAGGCCGAUUCAAAGGCUAAACCUGUCAAGGAGAGUGAAACUGAUGCUGGCGCUGAAGAAGUAGACCAUGACAAAGAAAAGGACGAGAACACCAAGAAGGAGCCACCGAAGACCCGUUAUGAUGACAUCAAUCCUCAGCUGUUGAAGUGUCACAUUUGUAACAAGAGCAUGUGGGAUGGGCGCUCAUUCGAGAACCAUCUGAGCGGGCGCGCGCACGCUAUUAUGAUGCAGAAGACAGCAGAGAGCUAUGCACUUACUGCUGACACCAUGAGGCAGGAAUUCAAGAUCCGCGAAAUGAAACGCACGCGUAAGGCUGGCCAACAGCCAACGCGAGACUUCUACUGCGCGAUGUGCGACAUGUACGCGGCCGACGGCGCUAUACACCGCACCACCGUUGGACAUCGCAAGCUCAAGAAGUACCUCCACCCAACUUGCACCUCUUGCCACAAGGAAAUGCCGACGAGGAUUGAGCUUGACGAACAUCGCUUGACUGCGGAGCAUCUCAGGAAUAUGCAGGAUAAGCAGGAGAUUAUUGCCAAGCCGAAGCCCGAAGUGAUGGUUAUUUCAACUUUGAACAUGGAGCAGUUGUACCUGAGGGAGGAUCGCCAGCGUCGUCGUCGCGGCGAGGAGCGUCGUGAAGCUGAGAAGGAAGAUGACCAUGAGAAGGAUGGAGAUGGAGAGAAUCAGGAGGAUACCGAAGGUGUCAAGAAGGAAGGAGAUGGUGAAGUUAAAGAAGAGACAGAGGAGAAGAAAGAGAGUAUUGACAAUGAAAACACAAUUGUAGACUAUCAAGAGGGCGAUGAUAUAUCUAACAUCACCAAGGACCAAUUCCCGGCAUACAGCACUGAGCGUGGUGUAGGCAAGUCGUUCCUCUCCGAAUUCCGCUGUGUCCAGUGUCGCCUGUGCCGCAAGCUGUUGGACAGUGAGGAGACGGGUGCUGUACAUCUCCGUACAUGGAGACAUCACCAGCUCUUCACUAGGCUACUCGCGGACAAGAGCAACAAACAGCAAAGCGAAGAGUCAACCAGUGCUUCCAGCAAGCGGGCUCUGAAUCCCGAUGAUGACGGCAAUUUCAAGCGUCGCAAGACAGAACCCACUGAUGAUCAAAAUGGACAUGAUGAUGAUGAUGACAAUGACCAGGAAAUGAAGAAUGAAAAUACAGACGAGAAUGAGGAUCAAGAUGAUGGCAAUGCGGGAUUGCCUCCGGCUGAUGAGCUCGAGAAUUGGGAGCAGACUGUUGAUGAGAUACUUGAAGAUGAACAAGAAACAAUAUCUGAAAAAGUAGAGGAGGUCGAGCCGGUGGAGGAGGAGAAGCCGAAGCCUGUGGAGUCGCCGAAACCUGCGCCACAAGAGGUCGAGAAGCCCGCGCCCCCCGCACCCGUCGCCGCUCCCUCCGCCCCCGCCCCCUCCGGGGACACUCCGCGCGCCUCGCCACGUGGUCGCGGGCGCGGCCGCGGUCGUGCCCGAGGCCGGUACUAG